CAGUGCCAGGCAGACAUAAAUGGCAAGAGCUUUGUGCUAAUAUGUAGGCAGUAAACAAAUGUACUUCAGUUUGCCUUGUUGGAUUUGGUGUUUUGUUUACCUUUCCGGAUUUGACUGGUACCAGCUUGUGUUGGAGGUAGUCCUAGAGUACAUAAAGGGGCAUUCCCGAGGGGGGAGGUUGGCGGCAUUGCCGCCUCUGGUAGUGCUGCACGAAUUGUGAGUUUCUGAAGAAAAAAACAAAAACGAAAUGAGGCAUUCUAUUGGAAACCUUUUUGGAUUUGUUCUUGGAAGAAGAUGCUCUAAAUUUGCUUUUAAGAUUUUGAAAGGAACUAUUUUUACUAUUUUUUUUUCCUCUUUUCUUCUACCUUCCCCCUCCUCUUUUUGGCAUGGCGUUGGCUGGCAAGGGAACAGUUGAGCACUGAAUAGAAUGAAACUGGCACAGCCUGGAGUCAAGCCAAGGCAGAUUGGGAGAGAUGCCCACUGCGGAGGUAAGCAUGCAGUCAGUGGUCAUCCUGUGAAGGAACCCUUCCCUGAAGAAAUGGAACGUGUCAUUUUUGGAAUGGGCUGCUUUUGGGGAGCAGAGCGACGCUUCUGGAAGACCCCAGGUGUUUAUUCCACACAUGUAGGAUAUGCAGGAGGCUUCACAGUGAACCCACUAUAUAAGGAGGUUGGCUCAGGUCUUACUGGACACUCUGAGGUAGUGAGAGUCAUCUAUGAACCCAAGAAAGUAAGCUUUGAAGAGCUGUUAAAAAUCUUCUGGGAGAAUCAUGACCCCACACAAGGUAUGAGGCAGGGUCAAGACGUGGGAACACAGUAUCGAUCUGUUAUUUAUACCUACAUACCUUACCAGCUGGAAAUGGCCCUGAAAAGCAAAGAAGUGUACCAAAAGAUGCUGAAUGAGAAGAAGCUUGGCACCAUCACCACAGAGAUCAAGGAAGCGCCAGAAUUUUAUUAUGCGGAGGAUUAUCACCAGCAAUAUCUUCACAAAGUGCCUAAUGGCUACUGUGGGCUGAAAGGCACAGGUGUGAGCUGUCCAAUUGGUCUGAGCCAAAGAGAAGACCUCUAGUUUGCCAGCAGUCAAGUUUGGAUUCUUCUUCACUGAUGGCAUGACAGAUUGUGCACUAUGCUUGGGGAUUUUUACUUUUAUUUAACUCUAGAAAUCUUUGAUGUAAUUUUCUGCUUUUAAAAAUGUUAUUGACUCUGAAUGGAGGAUGGUUGAAUACCAAACUCCUUUGAAAUCAUCUCUGGGCCAAAUGGGCACGUGCUAAUAAUCAGAGUGAAUUCAUUCUAAGAUACUUAUGCUUAAAAUUAUUUUUUUAUUAUUACUUAUGGUUAAAAUUAUUUUAACAUUAAUCCAGUGAAACUGUUUGUAAAACAGACUGUCAUUUUAAAUCAUUUAUUUGCUGGAAAAGAUGAAUAAUUAAUAGAACUGCCGCACUUUCAAGAAAUGUUGUUGUCCUCCUAAUUGUGCCUUUUGCCACUUCAGGUUGAGCAUACUGUGGUGACAAAAUCUAUGUGUGAGAUGAAAGAAGUCAUGCAAGGUUAGAAUACAUAAAAAAUAUUUUAGGUUUAAGAACGGGUAAUUGAUUUCAUGCUUUCUUUUAGUGUGCCUUUAUAAUAAUAAAACAUAGGGGACUUUAUAAGCACCUGAGUGUUCCUCCUGAAGCAAGCAGCAAUAAUUGCAUUAGCUCUGAUCAAUACGUGUAAGGCCAUUUUACAGUGACCGGAGUUAGAAUGUCAAUCGUGAAGUAGCCUGCACACUUUGGUAAGGAAUCUGGCCUGAUUUAGGGCAGCUCUGCCCAGUAAACAUCUAGUUCACUUUGGCCCUCACCAUGAAAGUGAAGUUUUCAUCUUGCACGUACUACUGGCACUGUCAUGCCACUAUUUAAAAGCACUCCUUGAAACCUCCCAGUAUCAGUCUCUCUGGGAACUAUCACCAAGUCAUUCCUAAGGCUGUGUGUUUUCCCGAAAUCCUACAUUGUUCAAAUGGAGAAGGUUUGGGGCAGAUAUGUCAGUUCUUGUCAGUAUUGAUGAUUUUGUCGAAAUCUUUUCCAUGAGCAAAGCAUGGCAUUUUCCAUAAAGUCCAAAGGAACAGUUGAACAUCAUCUAGGAAUCUAUAGACCUUAUUCUUCUUGGGUUAAUGUUCAUCACCUCACCAUGAGACAGUUCAAAAAUGGGACCCAUGGUAGACUUAGAAGGAAAGAAGCCAUUGCUCAAUUCAGGGUUAUCAUAAUGCACCAGGGUGGUCCUUAUCAGCUCUUAGAAAAUAUUCUGUGGACAGAAGUCAAAGAUCCCCCUGGGCUUUUAUUGGCCCCUGUAUGUCUGGAGAAACACUAACACAUCAUCAUUAUUACAACCCUCACUCUAAAGGGUUUUUAUGUGGAAAUUAUAGCGUCAUGAUUAAUGGAUACUCUUCUGUAUCGCAAUAUGAAUUACUUGUCAUCGUUGAAGGGACCAUCAAUUCUACUGUGGAUCAAAGAACUGAAGUUGAAGCACAAAAGGGUCUUGCAGCAAUAGAAACAUCCAGGAAGCAUGAGCAAGUCCACAUCAGGAUGUCUGAAGAAAUAAAAGAGAAAAAAUCACCAGGUUUGGGAGUCACUCAGUGAAGUUCCAGACCUUAGCAUCACGAGAUUUUGUAUUGGGGGCCUAAAAGGAGUGACGGGCAAAGAAAAUCUUCUAAAUGUGACCAAACUGAAGCAGCUCUACAGGUAGGAGUGCGACACAAAAACAACAAUUGUGAAUUGACGUGUUACUAUCAGCUAUUAAGCACAAUUAACUUUUCCCAUUGUAUUCUGAAAAAUUGUCAGAAAUUAAUGAAUAUCACACACUUGUAUUACUUGUUUACUCACUAUGCAAUUUAUAAAAUGUAAGGUUUUUGUCUGAUGAUCUGAUAACAUUUACAGGGGAAAAUGUGCAAUAAAAAACUGUAAUACUG